AUGUUUCCCCAGGAGGGGGGCGGUGACGUGGGGCAAGGGACUCAGGGCCCCCUCCUUCCCCUCUCCCUCUGGCCCAGGUAUGCCAGCUUGUACUUCUGCUGUGCCAUCGAGGGGCAGGACAACGAGCUGAUCACGCUGGAACUCAUCCACCGAUACGUGGAGCUGCUGGACAAACAUUUUGGCAGCGUGUGUGAACUGGACAUCAUCUUCAACUUCGAGAAGGCCUACUUCAUCCUGGACGAAUUCCUGAUGGGGGGCGAAGUCCAGGACACCUCCAAGAAGAGCGUCUUGAAGGCCAUCGAGCAGGCCGACCUCUUGCAGGAGGAGGACGAGUCCCCUCGGAGCGUGUUGGAGGAGAUGGGGCUGGCGUAGCUUGGCCCCCUUCAGGAUCUCAGGCCGCCUCCCUUCCCCGCCCCUCCUCCCCCCACGCCCCACAAGCGCUGCGGAGACCCAGGACUCCUCGGGAGACUCCGGCAGGGGGGCAGCUGGGCUCUGCGGGCCCCGACUUGCACCGGAUCCGGGGCCGUUUCUGUCGUGGUCCCGGGUGCUGCCAGUGGUGGCGAAGGGCCCCUUCCACACCCCCUGCCACG